AUGACUAUUAAUGCCCUAAUCAUCAACGCGACGCCUCAGCGUUCAUCUACACAGCUUUCAGAAUUUUUGCAUUCAGAAAGGACGAGGUUGGGAGGUUUGGAAGAUGAGAAGAGGAGCCCCGGGAAAGAGGAGAAGAAGGAGAAGCCGGCGGAGGAGCAGGCGAGGAAGUACCAGUUCGAUGUUCUUGAACAAGCGAAGCAGAAGAACACUAUAGCUUUUUUAGAGACUGGGGCAGGGAAGACUCUGAUAGCGGUGCUGCUUAUUAAGAGCUUGUACAAUGACAUGCUGAAGCAGGAUAGAAAGAUGCUGGCCAUUUUUCUGGUGCCAAAAUUUCCCCUUGUGUAUCAGCAAGCGGAGGUGAUUCGCGAGAAAACUCGUUAUAGAGUUGGGCACUAUUGCGGAGAGAUGUGUCAAGAUUUUUGGGAUUCCCGGAGGUGGCAGCGGGAAUUUGAGUCCAAACAGCUUGAUAGUUGCUGCACCAGAAAUGGAUGUGGAGAGUAUAAUUGA